UCUUUAAGAUAUAGUUUAUAACCGAUCGCGUUUUAGAAUCUACUGUGUGUAUGUUCCGCGAUAUCGCUUGGCAAUAUAAUUUUUUGAUAUUCCGUUAUUUAUUAGAAUAUAUCAUUGAAUGCUAGAGAUGGUAUCUCAUUUACCUAAUGUUCCUCCGCAGCCGCCUUAUGGCACUGGUAUGUACCCUGUACAGACUCCUGUACCAGGUGUUAUAGUCCCUCCAUGUCCGCCAGUGAUUCCACAUGUUGCUAUGGAUGUUCCUGAGCCGCCGUAUUCAGCUCCUCCUGUGGUUAUUACGAAGGCUCCCAGUGCUCCUAUAGCACCUGUUGGAUAUUCUUCUGCAUUGGUUCCUGGUUUGAUGGACACAUUGAUGAUGCCAGCUGCUGUGUCAUUACCAACUCAUGACCCUGAUCCUCCACCUAUGGUUCAUGUAGUCUACGUUGGUGGUUUAUAUUCCGGGACUUCCAGCGACUUUGUGAUUAAUAUAAUGCAGAAAUGUGGCAAGUUGGUUAAUUUCAAGAGGCAUACUGACCCAUCAAGUGGUUUGUUGGCAAAUUUCGCUCUUUGUGAGUUUGAAACUCCUCGUGGUGCUUAUUACGCUCUUGAGUGUUUGGCUAACUUGAAGUUUGGAGAUGGUGAAAUAAAGGUCAGUUGUAACGACAAGGUUCGUCGUCUUGUUGACGCCUGGGUUAAAGAGCAGAUGGCUUCUUUACGUGAGCAGCAUGGUGACUUGAAUGAUGCAGAGUUGGAACAGUUAUUUCGUGCUCCUGAAUCAGAUUUGCGUGAAGAGCUUGAGAAUUUGAUAAAGUAUGAGGUGAUGGCUAUGCAGGAAUCGUCAUCAUCUGUUGGUUCACAGCCGGGUGUUUCGAAACCGGACACUAGCCGUGUUCUUCGUAAGGUUUCUUCAAUUCGUAGUGACGCCAGUGCUGGUACAGAAUCUGAGAGUGUAACAUCUAAGGAGUAUGUUGUCCAUUCUAAGGAGACGCAGCGUCGUAACAAGCUGAAGUCACGUCAGCGCUCUGACGAUGAGCUGUUUCGUAAGGAGGAGCACGCCUGGUUGCGUGAAGAGGAGGACCUACUUCGCAAACUGCAUCGCAUAGGCACUGUUAAGCGCAGUACGCGUGAGCGUUUGAUACGUGCUGACAUUGAGGGUUACGCGCGCUCUACUGAUGCCAAAGAGCGUGAAUUAGAGCGUCAGAUGGACCUUGAGGAUGCUAAGGCUGAGUCUAUGGAAUUAUAUGCUGCUGAGCCGCGUUGCACGAUACCCAUUGCUCCAGCCACUGUGGCUCAGCCGGUGGUUGAGGUCCCUAAGACGGUGCCUACUGUUUUCAGUGCUACUGCUGAAGAGGACGAGCCUAUGUUUAACCGUACUUAUAGGCCUAAAAUUAAGCUGGGCAUUCCGGAUUCUGAGAUAUGGUCUCGUGUACCUAAGGAGGCUGACGCCGUCUUUGGUUAUGCUAUAGACUGGGAUAUAGUUCUUGGUGACAAGAGCCUGAUGGCUCUAAUAGAGCCGUGGAUGCGUAAGUGCAUAAUGGAAUAUAUGGGUGGCGAUGAAUCAGUAGUUGGUGAGGUACUUGAUUUUAUUGCAGGUCGUUUGUUAGAACGUCCUGAACCUGCUGAUUUACUCUCUGACGUUGAGCAGUUUCUGGAUGAAGACAGUCGUGGAUUUGUUAUAGAGUUAUGGCGCCAUUUAAUAUUCCACCAAAUUAGACAAAAGGACUGAUUGCAAGGUUCACUAAAGUUAAC